GGCGCGGAAAAGCUGUAUAAAGGCGAAAUUGCAGAACCAAUUUCAGUUUGUCUUUCGCCUUGCAGCUGUGAGUUUCUAUUUGGGGAAUAUUUGUGAACAAGUGAGCUUGUGUUAGAAAAGUGUAUAUUUAAAUGUAGUGAUGUCAUCGUAAUUGAUAUAUGUAUUUAAUUCAAGAAGCUUUCGAUGCUCAUCCAAAAUAUUUAGCGUUUUGCUCUACUAGCUUGGAAAAAGACAGCGUCUUCAAGAGUUUAGUUUUUUCGCUAUGUGCAGAUUCUAUUCAUACAAAAUGCUGACGUUUCAAUAUGUUCUACUUUGCUUUGACAUCCAUAUGUAUUUACUUAUGUAUGGUACAUAUAAAUACAUUUGUUUGCAAUGUUGAUUAAAAAAAAAAAAAAUUCCGAAGCUGUGUCGGCAAAAAAAGAAAUUAAUGUAUUGUAUAUACAUAAAUGUAUGUAUAUGUAAAUAUGUAUGUAUGUCUAAUGUGAUACUUAAAUUUCAAACAGCUGUUAUUGUAAAAAUGUAAUUUUGCCGGAUUCCAAUUGGAUUUUUAUGAACUGUUUAUUUAGAGAUUUAGGCGAAUCUACACAACAUAACAAUGGAUUUUUAUUACUUGCCCGGUUCUGCACCAUGCCGUUCAGUACUUUUGACUGCCAAGAAUCUCGGCAUCGAAUUGAAUAAGAAAUUAUUGAAUUUGCAAGCUGGUGAGCAUUUGAAACCUGAGUUCUUGAAGAUCAAUCCACAGCAUACUAUUCCCACUUUGGUGGACGAUGGCUUCGCUUUAUGGGAAUCUCGUGCUAUUCUUGUGUACUUGGUCGAGAAAUACGGCAAGGACGAUACCCUUUUCCCUAAGUGCCCCAAGAAGCAAGCUGUCGUAAAUCAACGCUUAUACUUCGACAUGGGCACCCUGUACAAGUCUUUCGCCGACUACUACUACCCACAAAUCUUCGCCAAACAACCUGCUGAUCCUGAAAUGUACAAGAAGAUUGAAAUCGCUUUCGAUUUCCUCAAUACUUUCUUAGAAGGCAGCAACUAUGUGGCUGGCGAUCAAGUGACCGUGGCUGAUUUAGCUAUUUUAGCUACAGUAUCAACCUUCGAUGUUGCUCAAUUCGAUUUCAGCAAGUAUGCCAAUGUUGCCAGAUGGUACGAAAAUGCUAAGAAACUUCCAGGUUGGAAAGAGAACUGGGAGGGUUCUUUGGAAUUCAAGAAAUUCUUUGACUAAAUGCUAUAUAAAUGAUAAUUGCUAAUGCUGUUAUUGUAUGGAAUUUGCGUUUUGUGUAAAUUGUGAUUUAUGUGAUUUCUGCACAUGUUUUAGUAAUAAAAAUUUAAUUGAAAACAACGUAGAAA